AUGGCUGCCACCAUAGAUCCUAACAACACACUUGGUCCUCUCCAAGUGGGGGGCUCUAUCAUGAUAUUUUUGUUUGGGAUAUACACGUUGCAGACCUAUUACUACUUCAAAAGAUAUCCGAAUGAUCGCCUCUGGAUAAAGCUGCUGGUGGUCUGGAUAUGGUUCGAAGAAAUUGGCCACACGGUCUCUGUCAUGACUGGAAUGUAUCUCCUUACUGUGACAGAGUUUGGACAGCCUGACGCGGAGGCGGUCACGACCAUGCCAACUGGCUACGCGUGGUCAAUCAUAUUCAGUGGCUCAGUCGGGUCUAUCGUAGAGGCAUUCUUCGCGCACCGUAUGUACGUGCUGUCAAAACAGUGGUUCCUCCCAUGCCUCGCCUGGGGUCUUGCAUCAUUCCGGUUCGCGGGGAGUAUGGUCGCCGCAGCCAAGGUGUUCGGAGACAUAUCUCUAGACGUGUUUUCGACAAAAUGGAGAUGGUUGAUCACCGCCUGCUUUGCUACGGGUGCGGGAGCCGACAUCAUCGUUGCAGGAGGCCAGUGUUAUUAUAUCUACCGUGAAAAACGUAUUGCGAUUGGGCCGACGACAAUGAAACUACUCGACCGUCUCUUGGCAUACACAGUCGAAACUGGCUUGGUACUAAGCAUGAGCGCGGUUGUGAUUCUCAUCAUAUGGGGCACGACUCCACAUAGCUUCUGGUGGUUCGGAGUCUUCCUCUUUUACACAGAAAUUUUUGCAAACUGCAUGAUGGCAGCGUUGAACACUCGACGUGUUCAAGAGGAUGUUGCUGGUGGAACUAUCAUCAGUCUGCCGCGCAACCCUAUCCGCAGCGCAGACCGUUCCACAGGUAGCCGCAACCAGCACCUCAUGAGAAACCUUUCAAAGUCCGAGUAUGAUAUGGGCAUCAACUACGAACUAUCCCCCGAAGUUUCUUCCGACAGUUCUGGAUACAUGCGUGAUCAAGCACAACGGCAGGAGAUAAACCAUCCAAAUAUCGCUAUUUCAGUUUCCCGGGACGUUUGCAUUAAACACGACAGGUUGGCGGACUUGGAGCGUCAGAUCUCUCAGCCAUAG